UGCUGUUUCCACAUUCAGCUGCUGAAGUCACAUUACUCUCAGGAAAAGAAACUAGCAAGCUGAGAGUUUCCGUAGAGAAUAAAUACACAGUCAGAUGACCCAGUGGCUGAUGGCAUGGGUGUCGCAUUUCAUUUGAGAAAACCUUUCUCCAGUUUGACGUGUUACGCUACCGGUUUGCGUGUUUUUUUGUUAACCUGUAAACACAAGUUAGCGUGUUUAAGUUAGUUAAGUUAGUGUGCAGCGGUUAAUGUUUCCCAGCUCGACAUGGACGAGCCGGACACCGCUGCCAUCCUCCCCGGCGACGUGCUGUCGACCCCAGAGGAAGACAUGUCGCCGAGCGGUUCGCUCGACCACAUAGAGGAGACCGGCAGGAAAACAUGUCGGUGUGUCCGGCCGCCGUUUGCCUGCCCUCUGUCCGUGUCGGUGGAGCCGGUGAUGUUCCUCUCCAUGUUUUCUCUGGCCCUGCAGGCACCCCUGGCCACCCAGUACCUGUGGGACCGCAUCAGUGAGGACCUGGGCUACAACGGCACCAGGGGGGAGGGCUGCGGCGGAGCCCCCGACCCGCUGCAACAGGAAGUGCAAACCUUGACAGCCCACUGGAACCUGUACAUCAGCCUCGGGGGCUUCGCUGUGAGUCUGUUUGUGGUGACGCUGCUGGGUUCAUGGAGUGACCUUGCAGGCCGCAGGCCGAUCCUCAUCAUCUCCAAUCUGGGCAUGGCCGUCCAGGCCGUGGUUUACCUCGUGGUGAUGUAUCUGAAGCUGCCUGUGGGCCUCUUCUUAAUGGGCAGGCUGCUCAGCGGCCUCUCAGGGGACUUCAAUGCCAUCCUGGCCGGCUGCUUUGCCUACGUGGCUGACACCAGCGACAGGAGGUCACGCACCUUCAGGGUGGCAGUGCUGGAGGCCUGUCUGGGCGUCUCAGGCAUGCUGGCCAGCAUCAUUGGAGGGCAGUGGCGGCGGGCACAAGGGUACAUCAACCCUUUCUGGCUGGUCCUGGCUACCAACCUGGCUGCGGCUCUGUACGUUUACCUGUUUGUCCCAGAGUCUGUUGUCCCAGACCCCAGCGCCAAGCUGCUCACCACUCGCCACCACCGGGCCAUCUGGAGCCUCUACUCGAAAGGGAGCAUCACCGGUGAGGGUGGUGGAAAUUAUCAGCGGUGCAAGCUGUGGCUCUACACGUUGUGCUUCUUUUUGGUGGUGAUGGUGCACUUUGGCAGCCGGGAGCUGUAUGUGCUGUAUGAGCUGAGUGAACCGCUGUGCUGGGGGCCGGAGCUUAUUGGCUAUGGCUCGGCGGCUCAGCACCUGGCCUACCUGACCAGUUUGCUGGGGCUGAGGAUCAUGCAGGUGUGCCUGGAGGACUCCUGGGUGGCGCUCGUCAGCCUGGCCUCCAACAUAGCUGGACUGGUGGUCAUCUCUAUAGCUAACACCACCGCGCUCAUGUUCACAGGCUAUGGUGUGUGUUUCCUCUUCAUGGCUGCAACCCCGGUGCUCAGGUCAAAGCUGUCCAAGUUGGUGGGCUCAUCAGAGCAAGGUGCUCUGUUUGCUUCUGUUGCCUGUGUCGAGGGCUUAUGCUCUCUGGUGGGUAGUAGCCUCUUCAACUCCCUUUACCCAGCCACCCUGCACUUCAUGAAGGGCUUCCCCUUCCUUUUUGCUGCCAUCAUCCUCUUCAUCCCUGCAGGAAUAAUUGGGACGGUGGAAUGCCAAGACAAGAGGAGAGACAACAGAGAUUCAACAGCAUCCUGACAGAAGGCAAGGAGGAGAGACAAGGCUUAUCACUCGCUCAGAGCUCAUCUUGGUGUCAACCUGUGAGGUUAGCACCUCUCAAAGACACACAUGCAGUGUGUCUGUCUGUGAUGCCAAGAGAACCACAGUGAUGGGGCAGCUGACUACUAUUAGCUAGGACAGAAAUGCAAUUCUUCCAUCAGUCACACCAAAGUGAUCAAAACCAAGAAUCAGCUCCAUGGCUGACCAAACUGAAACGAUUCCUCCCUGUGAUAAUGAUUCCUCCCUGUGACAAAGCAAGCUUUGUCAAAGAUUGCUGGAAUUAAAACAUUAUAGUGUUCAGGAAGCUGCCGCACGCUGCCAAAAGCCUUUGAAUGUGCCAGAUGCAAAAUGGAUACUAAAAGGGAUUCUUUCUUCAUACAUAUCUCCUUUGCAAAUAGCAUUUAUUAGGUAUUAAUAUUGAACUUGAUUUGCAAAGGUGAUAAGUGUGUAGAAUAAAAAAAAAAUUAAGUCAUAGCUAAUUGUGAGCAGACACACCAAGACGUUUUUACACAGAAGUAACUGAUUUUAAGGAGGUACAGUGCACUGUGGGAAGCUCUGUGCUACUACUUAUUAAAAAUGUAUUACUUUGAGAUAUUGACAUUGCUGAAACACUGGAAAACAAUUUUUCAAAGCAGGACUCAGCUGUUUGUGGAAAAGCAGCCUGAGCGUGAUCAUUUGAGACUAAACAAGUCAAUGAUUUGGUGAACAAGCAGAAAAAAAUUCAAGUGUACUCUUCAAAUAUGAAAGUGAACACCAAACAAUGCUGGUAUGGGCUGGCAAGCAGAUAGAUCAGCCUAUGCCGAACAUGUCCAGGGGCCUUACCAUAAAUAAAACCCAGCAGAGCAGCAGUCAGGAGUGUGUAGCUGCACCCAGGGGUUAUUGAGUUACACUUCUACCCUCCUCCAUAAAACAGAUAGCCAUGACCAGAUUCCCUUUAGAGUCUUUCUUUCACACACAGACAACAGUGGAGAGCCCCAGAGCACAACAGACACACAGGGGUCAGGCCACAGACACAUUCAGGGAACCAGAGCUGCCAUAAACGCUUUAAAAGGCACAAAGGGAAUGUAAUAUGUGCUGUGUCAUAGUCUUUAUGAUGUUUAGCAAAACUGACUGAGCGUUGUCAUAAUAAAUGGUACAAUUACAUCUAUAGCCAAUUGCAGCCAAAAAUGAUUUUAAUUGUUUGUUGUUGUUGUUGUUGUUGUUGUUGUUGUUGUCGUCGUUGUUGUUUUUCAACUUCUCAUGCCUCUCCUGUCCCCCUUCAAGAGCACUAGUGUUAUCAUUUUUUUUGAAAGACAUUACUCCUCCUCCAAGCACAUCACUGCAUUGUCUUUACUGACACAUUUAUAGUUAAUUCCCAAAAUUAAGUCUAGAGUACAGCAUAUAUCGUAUGCACUGUAAUGGGAAGUAUACAGUUUAGUGUUAUUGACAUAAUACACUCAAUUCAGUGACGGUGAAAUGACAGUCUUUACUUUUCCAUGUUUAUGUUUAUUUUUAUUUUUUAUAUUUUUUAUAAUGAAGGGACCAAAAAAAA